AUGUCUGACCUAACGCUCUACCUGGAUCUGAUAUCUCAGCCCUGCCGGUCAGUUUAUAUCUUUGCCAAGGCUAACAAUAUCCCCUUUAAGUACCAGGAGGUGAUACUUUUUAAAGAAGAACAAAUGACUGAAGAUUUUGGCAAGGUGAAUCCACUUCGCAAGGUACCAUCUCUCAAGGAUGGAGACUUCACAAUGGGUGAAAGCACUGCAAUCCUGCUUUAUCUAGCUAACAAGUAUAAGACCCCUGAUCACUGGUACCCAGCAGACCUCCAGAAACGUGCUCGUGUAGAUGAGUACCUUGCUUGGCAGCACACAAAUACCCGUCCACAUGGCUCCAAACUUUUUUUGAUGAAGGCCAUGAUCCCCUAUCUCCUUGAUCAUGAAGCAACACCUGACACAUUAGAUCCUCCUCUUUGUGAGUUUAAUGCCACUUUGGCAACCUUACAAGAUACAUUCUUGCAGAACAAACUAUUCUUGGCUGGAGAUAAGAUCUCCAUGGCUGAUUUGGUAGCUAUUGUGGAGAUUAUGCAGGUGAUUGGGUUUGAUGUUUUCGAAGACAAACCCAAGUUGUCAGCUUGGAAGCAAAGAGUGGAGGAGGCAAUUGGAGCAGAUCUAUUCAAAGAAGCACAUGAUAAAAUACUGCGUAUCAAGGAGAUACAGAGUCUACCAAUAGCUCCAGAGCUCAAGAAGCGACUUAAAGCCAAACUAGAAUAUUACAUUCGCUGA